AUGGCCGACCGAGAGAUCCUGCCGGACAACUUUCGGCCCCAGCACUACGAUCUGGUCCUCACUGACCUGAACUUUGCCGAAUGGACCUACAAAGGCACUGUUAUCAUCAAUGGACCCUUUCAGAAGGCCACCAAGGAGAUUGUGCUGAACUCCUUGGAGCUCACACUCAAGAAGGCUGAGGUUGUCACUGAGCAGACCAAGUCUAGCACAAGCUUCACCUCCACCACAUUCAACUAUGACGAGAAAGCACAGCGGGUCACUAUUCCCUUUGACACUGAGAUCCCAGUGUCUAGCAAGGCUAGCAUCCGUAUUGAAUUCACCGGCAUCAUGAACCAUGACAUGGCUGGAUUCUACCGGUCCCAGUACAAGCCCGCUGCCCCGCCAGCCAAGAGUGUGCCCUUCGACGAUGACUGGCAUUACAUGCUAAACACGCAGUUUGAGAGUUGCGAUGCUCGGAGAGCUUUCCCCUGCUUUGACGAGCCGAACCUCAAGGCUACAUUCGAUUUUGCUAUUGAGAUUCCGGACGACCAGGUAGCCCUCAGCAACAUGCCAGUCAAGACCACUACCGAGUCCAGGGCUGGCAAGAAGCUCGUCGCUUUCGAGACCUCACCUGCCAUGAGCACCUACCUCUAUGCCUGGGCUGUAGGAGACUUCGAGUAUAUUGAGGCCUUUACCGAUCGCAAGUACAACGGCAAGCAGCUUCCCGUACGACUAUACACUACCAGGGGCCUGAAGGAGCAGGGUCAGUGGGCCCUGCAGCAUGCUCCCAAGAUUAUCGACUUCUUUUCCGAGGCAUUCGAGAUUGACUACCCGCUUCCCAAGUCCGACAUCUUGGCUGUGCACGAGUUCACUCACGGCGCUAUGGAGAACUGGGGAUUGGUGACUUACCGCAUGACCGCUAUUCUAUUUGACGAGAAGCAGUCCGAGGCUCGUUUCCGCAACCGUAUCGCCUAUGUUGUUGCCCAUGAACUGGCUCAUCAGUGGUUCGGUAACCUCGUCACGAUGGACUGGUGGGAUGAGCUGUGGUUAAACGAGGGCUUCGCUACAUGGGCUGGUUGGUUGGCGAUUGACCACCUGCAUCCCGAGUGGGAGGUGUGGCCUCAAUUCAUCAACGAGGGCAUGGAGAAUGCUCUGAAGCUCGAUGGUCUGCGCUCUUCUCAUCCCAUUCAGGUUCCGGUGCGCAACGCGCUUGAUAUCAACCAGGUCUUUGAUGCCAUCAGCUACUUGAAGGGUUGCUCAAACAUUCGCAUGUUGGCUAGCCACCUUGGCGUCAAGACUUUCCUCAAGGGCGUUGCCAUCUAUCUGAAGAAACACGCUUACGGUAACGCGAAGACCAAGGCUCUGUGGGACGCGCUCUCUGAGGCCUCUGGACAAGAUGUCAACGCCCUGAUGAAGCCGUGGAUCGAGAAGAUUGGCUUCCCCGUUUUGACCGUUGGCGAGGAGCCGCGCCAAAUCACUGUCAAGCAGUCACGUUUCCUGUCCACCGGUGAUGUCAAGCCCGAGGAUGACACAACGACUUGGUGGGUACCUUUGGCCUUCCAGGGGAAGAUUGGCACACAGGACGCCGUUCCACUGGCUCUGACAUCCAGAGAGGAGACGAUCCGAGAUGUCGAUAAUGACUUCUAUCUCAUCAACUCCAAGGCCACCGGCUUCUACCGCGUGAACUAUCCACCCCUGCGUCUUCGCCUGCUCGGCACACAGCUCGAUCGCUUGAGCACCGAAGACAAGAUCUCCAUCACGGGCUCGGCUGCCGACCUUGCCUUCUCCGGCUAUGGCACGACACCUGCGAUGCUGUCUUUCAUCCAAGGAUUCAAGAACGAGACGCAUUACCGUGUGCUGAGCCAAGCUCUGGACUCAAUUGCACUUGCCAAGUCUAUCUUUGGAGAAGAUGAUACGAUCAAGGCGGGCCUGGAAAAGUUCACCCUUUACCUGAUUGACAGCGCCUUGAGCAAGUUGGGCUGGGACUUCCCGCAGGGUGAGGACUACAACACUGCACUCUUGCGGAAGCGUCUUCUGUUGACUGCUUCCGUCAAUGGACAUCCUGCGGUCCAAGAAGAGGCCUUCUCUCGAUUCAAUGCCUACAAGGAGUCAAAGAGCCUCACUGCCGACCUCCGCACACCUGUCUUCCGUGUCGCUCUCCAGAGAGAUCCUGUUGGUGCCACUGCAUUCCUCAAGGACGAGUGGUAUAACACCACGGCUGUUGAUGGCAAGGAGGUCUUGCUGCUUGUACUCGGUCACGUUUCUGAUCCCGAGGUCAUCAAGUCCACACUGCUCCCAUUCCUGUUCAACAUCUCGCCACCGGCUCCGGCCAAGGACUCUAUUCCCAGCGCCGACAUGCACAUCCUCGCGGGCAGCUUGGCGAACAACCGCGUCGCGCGACCGCUACUGUGGGAAUUCAUGAAGAACAACUGGGACGACAUCGAGAAGAAGAUCAGCGGCAACCCCAUCCUGCUGGACCGGCUGAUCAAGGUGUCGCUGUCCAAGUUCGCCGACUACGGCAUGCUCGAGGAGAUCGACUCCUUCUUCGCGGACAAGGACAAGACGCGGUUCGACCGCACGCUGGAGCAGGUCAAGGACCUGAUUAGGGGACGGGCGGCGUACAAGGAGCGGGAUGCGGCGGUGCUGAAGGAGUGGUUGACCACCAAUGGAUACGCGUAG